UCAAAAAAAAUUAAAAAUCUCAUUUCAAAACAAUGUCGAAUUAAGAGAAAAUAUAAUUUAGUUUUAAAUAAAACAGAUCAGUUACACCUAGAAAUAUAAGAAAAUGUCCGGAUUCUAUAAGAUAAAUAGCCUAAAGAAGUGCUUAAGUUCUUUAAAAACGUUAAAGAAUGUUAACAAGAUUAAUAAUAAAUUAGGUAAAGACAUCCAGGAAUUAUGUAGUAAAUCCAACGAUGUGACAGGUAUUACUAAUCGUAUCAAGGAAGUAAAUGAGGUUCUUCGAAAGGUUUCAUUGAAUGUUAGGAACAACUAUGGUGAAACUUUAAAUAAACUUAAUGAAAAUAAUGUUAGUUUAAAUAGAUUAGAAGAUAGUUGUAAGUUGUUAUUUUCAAUCUCAAAUAGAGCUGAAGAAAGGAAAAAUGAAAUUGGAAACAAAGUUGUUAAAUCCAGAAAUAUUAAAUACGAAGCUGAAAAACUAUACAGGCAUGUUUCAGGAAAAGUUCUAGGGAAUACACUGGGAUGGUCGAGUGUUGCAGUUGCAGCUAGUCAAGGUAAUGCAACAGCUGAUGCUAUUACCAAAUCAGCUUCAGAAGUGAUACCUGAACCACCACCUGUGCCAGACAUAACAGCAGAAACAGUAAGCAGCCUAAAUGCACUCGGCGAACCCACCUUUGCCUCCAUGGGUCUCGGCGGCUGGACUCCAGUCGGUAUCGUUCAGAACUGUCUGGAAUACUUGCACGUUAGUCUAGGUUUAGAAUGGUGGGCCGUGAUAGCUUUGGGUACUCUUGUUAUAAGAUUAGCUUUGUUCCCCCUGGUUGUCGUAUCUCAAAGGAACGCGGCCAAAAUGAACAACUACCUUCCACAAAUACAGAUGUUACAACUGAAAAUGACGGAAGCCCGACAAUCAGGGGAUUCGUUAAAUGCGGCCAGAUAUGGUCAGGAAAUGAUGCUGUUCAUGUCAGAGAAGGGAUUGAAUCCUCUUAAAAACAUGAUAGUCCCCUUGGCUCAGGCUCCAAUCUUCUUAUCUUUCUUCAUGGGCCUGAAGGAGAUGGCAAAUACACCCGUCGUAAGCAUGGCACACGGUGGUAUGUUUUGGUUCACCGACUUGACUGUACCUGAUCAGUUUUUCAUUCUACCGAUAAUAACAAGUGCCACACUUUUUUUAAGCGUAGAGCUUGGCGCCGACAUGGGUAAAAUGACGAGCGAAAACAUGGUGAUCAUGAAAUACGCCCUUCGAGCUAUACCGCUAAUAAUUUUACCGUUUAGCGUUAAUUUCCCCGGAGCCAUUUUGUGCUACUGGGUGUCCACCAACUUAAUAUCCUUGGUACAAGUGGGCAUUUUGCGAAUACCGAAAGUAAGAGCUUACUUCAACAUCGAGCAACUUGUCACGCAUCAGCCCGACCAGUUGCCGGUCAAACCGAAAACGUUCAAGCAAGGUUUGAAGGACGCUUGGACAAACGUAAAAAUUACCAAAGAAUUGGAAGAAAGAAGAAGAUUGGAUGAAAUGCAAUUUCAAAAGGCGGGAAAAGGUCCGAUUCAAAAAACGUACAAGUUCGAUCCUACAAAACAUGUUACACCAUCAGCUAUUAGUGCAAAGAAACGUUAAGUUAUAUUUUUACUGUACAGGUAAUAAUAAAUGAUUCCUAAAA